AUGGCCGUCGCUCGCGCGGUCUUGGUUCUUCUAGCGUCCACAGCACAAGCAUGGAUGCCCGAUGCAAAUGCCCGAAUCCAUGUCAAAUAUGGCGAUGAAACUUCUGAACAGUUUGCGGGUAAUACAACUGGACCAAACCACUUCCGCAUUUUAGACAGAGAUGACUUCUCACUAUUGGUAGGAGGAAGGAGUACGGUGUAUAAUUUAAGCUUAUAUGAUCUCUCUGAAAAUAUUGAUCAGCGACUGGAGUGGCAAUCAACAGAUGCGCACAGAGAACUAUGCCAGUUAAAAGGAAAAUCAGCUGAUGAGUGCCAGAACUACUUGCGAGUUGCAGCAAGGGCCCAGGGUAGGCUGCUUGUAUGUGGGACGAAUGCUUUCAAACCCAUGUGUCGCAGAUACGCGCGGCAUCCCCCAAAUCAUCAUUUAGAGGAGUUCGAUGGAACUGGCCGCUGUCCAUAUAGUCCACAGCACAACUCCACUGCCAUAUUUACAGAUGGUCAACUGUACACUGCAACGGCAGCAGAUUUCUCAGGAACCGAUCCAUUAAUUUAUAGAGAACCAGUACGAACCGAACAUUCCGAUUUACGUUUAUUGAAUGAUCCCUCCUUCGUUGGAGCUGUUGCUUCAACAAGCCAUGUCUACUUCUUCUACCGCGAGACAGCCGUAGAAUAUAUGAACUGUGGCAAAGCUGUAUAUUCAAGAGUAGCAAGAGUUUGUAUAAACGACAAAGGUGGACCACACACAUUUAGCGAUCGAUGGACCUCAUUUCUUAAAACUAGAUUGAAUUGCUCGAUUCCUGGAGAAUACCCAUUCUACUUUGACGAAAUACAGGCUACUACUGAGAUUAUUAACGGAAUCUAUGGCAAUGGCGGAAAUAGAAAUGAUAUCUUGUACGCAGUGUUUACUACACCUCAAAAUGCGAUAGGAGGCUCAGCUGUGUGUGCAUUUGCCAUGAGAGAUAUAUUAGACGCAUUCGAUGGGACAUUUAAAGGUCAGGAAAGCAUGAACUCAAACUGGCUGUCACUUGAAAAAGAAAAACUACCGCAUCCUCAACCUGGAUCAUGCGUAGAAGAUAGUAGAACACUUGCAGAUUCGACCGUGAAUUUUAUCAAAACGCACCCCCUUAUGGAUAAAGCCGUUCCAUCGUUUUUAGCUCGACCGAUCCUCAUAAGAGUAAGCCUACAGUACAGAUUCUCUGCGAUUGCCAUACAUCCCCAAGUGCAAUCUAUGAACGGAAAUAAAUUUGAUGUUAUGUACGUCGGCACGGACGACGGCAGAGUCAUUAAAGCUGUGAACGUGGCGUCAAACGAGGGAGUGUUCGAUGCAAGUGUAGAGGAAUACAGCAAAAACCCAGUUAGGACUGCUGUAAUAUCCGAAGUGCAAGUUUUACCCCCCGGCGUUCCUAUUAGACAAAUGCACGUCGCUCUUACGACGGAAAAACUUAUCGUCGCAUCCGGAGAUAUUAUACGAGCAGUCAGCUUAUCACAUUGCACGAACGUACAGUCUUGCAGGGAGUGUGUGGCUUUGCAAGACCCGCACUGUGCAUGGGAUUCAAAGCAACAGCAGUGUUCAUGGGUUGGAAACAGACAAUUUCCCAAUCCGGAGCGAUUUUUACAAAAUGUAGAGUACGGAAAGACUGAUAUAUGUAAUAAAUUGCCAGCUCUUCUGCCAAAUGAUAGACAAGGUAAUCGAAGUCCGGCUACUAAGAAACCGACACAAUCCGAAUCUAAUCUGCGGCACAAACCAGACGACAUACAAAAUGAAAUACUCAUAGAGGUCGUCGAAACGAACGUUAUGUCCGAAGAUAAGAAUGUUAAUAAUAAUAAACAUGAAACAGAUCUACUAACGGUGGAAGCUGCCGAGGGCAACAUUUACAGCGCUCAGGCAUUGUUGACGGCUGUCGUUGCGUCUUGUCUGGUCACGCUGAUGGUUGGAUUUGUCAUCGGUUACCUGUUCUCUCGGAGAUUUCGCCACCCAUUUUUCACUGACACUUCGCCCUUCAAUGAGCAACACAAUCAUUUAAAUAGGUUGAAUCCCUUGGAGACUCCUCUGAACGUGAACUCUGGAUAUAUUCCUCCGCGGUCAAAAAACGUGAAUAUGGUUGCGAACGUGUGUCCACUCGCAAAACAAGACAAUCUACACAUCGAACUUGGAAAAGACCGAGCACUAGAUCUACGAAAUUCCACAGAAUCCCUUGAUAAGGAUCUUAAGUGCGGCACCUUACAAAAAGUUAAAAAGACUUAUAUAUGA